GAGAGGGCGGGGUGCGGCGGCUGAAGCCCGGAAGCGGACAGAGGCCGUCUGGGUCCCUGCUGUCUGCUCGCCAUGGACGAGGCUGACCGGCAGCUCCUCCGGCAGUGCCGGGUGCGGCUGGUCCGCGAGCUGCAGGUGGCCCCGCUCUGGGACGCUCUGCUGAGUCGCGAGCUCUUCACCCCCGACAUGAUCGAGGACAUCCAGCGGGCAGGCUCCGGGUCUCGACGCGAUCAGGCCAGGCAGCUGAUCACAGAUCUAGAGACUCGAGGGAGUCAGGCCCUUCCUUUGUUCAUCUCCUGCUUAGAGGACACAGGCCAGGACACACUGGCUGCAUUACUGAGAACCAGUAGACAAGCAGCAAAGCAGGAUCUGGAGCCCAUCAUACCUCUGGACCUCAAGCCUGUGGUGCUCGGACCAGUGCACCUCAAAUCAGGGGAGCCAAGAGUGGUCCAGCAGGAUCUAUCAAAGCCGAGCCCAGGAAAACUCGCUCCAGUGGUGCUGGGGCCCGAGGAGCUCUGGCCAGCCAAGCUCAGGCCCAAAGUUCUCAGACCAGAGGCACCCAGGCGGGUGGACAUUUGUUCUGGAGGAUUCAGUGAUGUCUGUACUCAGGACAGAGCCAAGGGAAAUGCUGACUUGGCUUACGUCCUGAGUGCAGACCCCUGUGGCCACUGCCUCAUCAUCAACAACGUGAACUUCUGCCCGGAGUCGGGGCUCAGGACCCGCACGGGCUCCAAUGUUGACUGCGAGAGGAUGAAGCAGCGCUUCCACUUGCUGCAUUUCAUGGUGGAGGUGAAGUAUAACCUCACUGCCAAGCAAGUGGUCCAGGCUUUGGUGGAGCUGGCGCGGCGGGACCAUGGCACUCUGGACUGCUGUGUGGUGGUCAUCCUCUCUCACGGCUGUCAGGCCAGCCACUUGCAGUUCCCGGGGGCUGUUUAUGGCACAGAUGGAUGUCCUGUGUCCGUUGAAAGAAUUGUGAACAUCUUCAAUGGAACUGGCUGCCCCAGCUUGGGAGGGAAGCCCAAGCUCUUCUUCAUCCAGGCCUGUGGUGGGGAGCAGAAAGACCAUGGGUUUGAGGUGGCCUCCACAUCUCCUGAAGACAGGACCCCUGACAGCGACCCUGAACCAGAUGCUACCCCAUUCCAGGAAGGCCUGGGCGCCGUCGACCAGCCGGAUGCAGUGUCUAGUUUGCCCACACCUAGCGACAUCUUGGUGUCCUACUCUACCUUCCCAGGCUUUGUCUCCUGGAGGGAUACCAAGAGUGGCUCCUGGUACGUCGAGACCCUGGAUGGCAUUUUUGAGCAGUGGGCUCACUGUGAGGACCUGCAGACCCUCCUGCUCAGGGUCGCUAAUGCUGUUUCGGUGAAAGGGAUUUACAAACAGAUUCCUGGCUGUUUUAAUUUCCUCCGGAAAAAACUUUUCUUUAAAACGUAAUGAGGCCAGGGCCCUUCACUCUGCCUUACCUUUCACCCCAAAACCUUCCUGCUCCAACCCUGGUAGCAGCUGAGGCCUGAACUUCCCUACAACUGUGGCUGACACCCAUUGAAGGAUUCUGUAGCCUGCACAGGGUCUCUUUCCCUACGAGUGGCAGACAGGCUCCUAGCGGCUUCCAAAUUGGAGCCAAAUGACUGGUGAUGGAGGACGAGGACCAAAACGCCUUGGACCCCAUGGGGCUCUUUGCCAGUGGCCCAUUCCUGGCUAGUGGCUGUGGCCUGUGACCCCUGUGUUUUCUCCACAUCAGGGCUUCUCAGCCUCAGCACAGCUGACAUUUGGGGCCAGAGAAUCCUUAGUUGUGGGGCCGUCCUGUGCCCUGUGGGACGUUUAGCAGCAUCCCUGGCCUCUGUCCACUAGAUGCCAGUAGCACCUCUCUCCGAGUCGUGACAACCAAAAGCGUCUUCAGACAUUUGCCAGAUCUCCCUGGUGGGACCUUGCUGGAGAACCCCUGAUCUAUAGGAAAUUUUUGGGACAAACAAACCAGCGUCUCUCUUAGAUCCGCAUUUUGGGGCUACUAGAGUCUGAAAAGCUAGGAUCUGUGAAUCCUAAAUGAAGUUUUAAAAAUUAUAAACAUUUCUCUAUAUUGCAGUGCUCUUAAAAAAAAAACAAAAACAACUCAGUUGGCUAUGGACUCUCUUUCACCUAUUUCCCCCUCAUUUUGCUCUAAUUCUUUAUUCUUCCUUAUAUAAAGCAGACUUUGGCUUUUUGGGAGACAUUUCCUCAGCUGUUAUUUCAUUUGACACUCCCCCCCCCCCCAUCCCAGGAAGGUGACUGGAGUGGGAGCCAUGUGUUCAGGGAGGUUAAGUCACUUGUUCAGGGAACACAAUUAACCAGUGGAGAGACCUGGCCAGAUUCGGGUCUUCUUGAGUCCAGCCUGUGCCUCCAGAUGCCUUCUGGGCUGCAGGACCCCUGCCCCGCCUUCCCCACCCCCAGCCACAGCCUUUAAGCUGUCCCGACUCCAGCCUGUUUCUUGCUUUCAGGACCCCAGACAUGAGGACAGUUUGCUAAUAAGACUGUCAUCACGAUGUGAUUCAUGUAGUUGUCACUUUAUUAUUAUUUCCCUCCUGUGACCUUUCCAAGUCCGAAACAGUCCCGGACACUUCUGGUGGUUAGUUAUUUUCAAUCACCUGCAGGACACACACAGAACAGAAUCAGGUUAACCCAGCAGAGCAGAGUGUCACUUGCAGGUUCCUGGCUUUCUCCCCCGCUGCUCCAUGCUGCCCGUGUGAAUCAGGCAGCCCGCGUUGAAGCAGCUUUCCCUCCCCAGCGGCUCUACUGAUGCCCCGGAGAAAAGAUGUCAUUACAACUUUAUACUGACCUGUUGGGGCUUCUUGUAAAAAAAAAAGCCUUAGCUUGGAGUUCAGUUUGGGCUUCAGGGCGGGGGACCUGGGAACUCUUAAAAAUUAUAUGCCAAAUAUAUGGAUGGGCAUGUUUGUAGAUUUCAUUUGCUUCUCAAAAGGUUUGAGAGCCCCUGAGUUAACAAUCACUGGUGUUUGCAAGGCAAGGUUAUGCACUGUGGGUGGGGCUUGUAACCCCUUUUCAGAGGCUGUUUGGCAUCUACUAAACAUUCUAACGUGCCAACUUCAUGAUCCAAUGACGCUUCUCAAUCUCUGUAGCAUAGAUACUCUGGUCAGUGUGCAAGGAGGCAUGUCCGAGGAUGUUCAUCUCAGCCAUGUGAGCGUGGAAAACAGGAAACAGACGGAAGCUUCAUUCAUUACAUUCACACUAUGGAAUGUUAGCCGUUCAAAAGAAAGACAUAGAUAUAUGGGCUUCCAUGUAUCAUGUGAUAUGGUGUUCAGUGAAACAGCUAAGUUGCGGGACAGUAUGAAGGGUAAAAUCCUAUUUUUGGUUAGAAGACAGUGUUUUUAUGUACGUAUGUUAGAUAUUUUAUAAAUGCACAUAAAUAAAUCCAGAAGACCACACACCAAGCCGUUGGCUAUGCUAAUCUCUGGGGGGUAAAAUUGCUGAUGCCAUACAAGACAGGGGUAUGUCUGCUUUUUCACUUGACACACUCCUAUAUUCUUUUAAUAUUUUUACCAAGAGUAUGUAUUAGCUUCUAAAAUAAAAAUAAAAAUAAAAAUAAAGCUGGUGAA